AUGGCACCUGAUUUAGAUAUAGAAUAUGCCUACAAAACCAGGCCUCCAAGUCUUCUGAACUCAAUCUUCAUGUACACUGUGAACAUGGCUGCUAAGACUCUUGCUUCAGUGGCACACACCUCCCAAGCUCAAGACACUGAUGAGAAGUGGAAGACAAGUGAUCAUUUGAAGUUCAUGGUUAUGCUCUUGACUUGGGUUACUGUGUGGGUUCUUAGGGUUUUGAUGGACCAUUUCCCUUUUAUCACCUAUUCCCCUUCUUACAAUAAUAAUCAUUAUCUCCAAGGAUUCUCUUCACCUCUAGGAUCCUUUGACUCUUUAUUACCAUCAUCUUUAUGGCCAUCUUCAUCAUCCUUGUCCUUAUGGCCAUCUUCUGGUUCUUCCCUUGAUUUAAUUCUCUAUGAAGGAAUCGAUGGACCUUCCGUUAAAGCCCUUGGCAGAUCACUAACCCAUGUUUUGGCGCUCCUAAAUGAGAUCCCGGCCACUUCAAGUAAAUACCAAUUCGCAAUGACAAUGGCUGACACAAUAAUGGAAGGCAAUGCCCGUCACGACCAUUCUGAACUCCUCCAAGUCAACCAAACCGCUCUAUCUUCCGCAUUCGCUCGUACUUCAACCCUUUUAUAUCGCUCCCUUCAAAUCAGUAACCAAUCCCAGGAUGACUCAGGGGGCUGGCCCAUUCGCACCAUCAAGGCACUACCCUUUGGUUCUUACGUUGCGCCAUACGUUAAGGGACUGAGUUUCUGCUUCAACACAGUAAUGUCUUGGGUUGACACAGGAGUGUCCCGGUUGCAGAAGAAGAAGGAAGAAGGAGCAGACGAGUAUGGUGAAGUGAUGGCAGAGAAAUUGGCGCAGGAAUUGUUGUGGAUAACAAACAAACUUAGGGCUUAUGGAGCUGUUGAUCAGGCUUUGGUGCAGUGGAGCCAUGCAUCCGCUCUUGCUUCUCUUUCACUCACUGCUUCUCCCAGAGUUCAGGGCCUCAUUGUUAAGAUUUCAGGUAUACUAUUCGGAGAUCUGAAUCGGCAGGAUUACUGGAUGGUUACGAGGGAAGUGAAGUUCAAGUUACUGGUGCUAUGGAUUCCCUUGUUUUGCCACGCAAAUAAUGGUGUUGCUUACCCUAUAUUGUCAAGCUUUGAAAAGGUUGAAAUACAAAGAGAAAUGAAUGAGGCUAUUUCCAGCUUGCCUGCAAUUGAUCAAGAAGUGAUCCUCACAAACUGGGUACAAGACUUCGCAGUUUCCGCCUCGGAUUGGCCAAAUCUUCAACUAUCUUACGACCGCUGGUGCCAAUCUGCUCGCCAGCUCGUUACAUGA